ACCUCCUUCUUGAUUAAAGAAGGAGGAAAAAAGUGCCUUAGAAACUUUAUUACUCCUCCGAAAUUACAUAAGAUUUAACAUAAACACCAUACUGAAAAAACGAAACAGACUAAGCUACUCAACAGACAACCAAAAACCUAAAACUCAAACGAUACAACGCAUUGGAAACGACUAAACAUCAACCAAUUCCCAUCUUUGCUAAACUAUCAGCCUCCCCAUUACAUACCCUUGGAAUCAAUCUAAUUGAGUGCACCCUGUCCGAGAUUAAAGAUGAAAUCUCUUUAACUAAUGGGAGGAUAAAAACAGGGGCCAAAGCUGGGUAUGGACCCAUUCCACAGCCGACUUACAGUCACUUUCCACAAUCAACCUUCCAACAUUAACCCAACAAGAAGACAUAUAGAUUUCAAUGCCUCUCUUAAUAGCCUUUAACUCAGCAACCGGCGGGGGACCCUGGCCUACAUUUUCUGAAAAAGUCAGAAGGGAGUUGCUAUUCCAGUCUCUCAAAAUACCUCCUAUACCUCCAUUUGAGCCAUCAAGUCUAACAGCUCCAUCGACAUUCGUCUUCAAAAAAUCCAUAGGGGGUGGAAUCCAGCGAGAAACCUAAAAAUUGUUAAGGUUGAGAGCUUUAAUACCAUCUGCAAGAGAUGGAUCACCAAUCAACACAUCCUCCUGAAUAGGAAACUUAGGAUACUUGGCUAGAAACCAUUUAGAUAACCUGAAUCUAGCAAUAAAAAACAGAGACAUCCUAUCCAAGGGGGAACCUUCGAACACCAUCGCAUUCCUAGCUUUCCAAAUCGACCAAAAUACUACUCCCGGGAUAAAUUUCCAAAUCAACGAUUUCCCCCUCAGCUCACCCCAAGAACAUAGCAAAGAAGGUGGAUCCUUUGGAAGGACUAAGGCUAUAUCCCAAAAGCUUGCUAUCUUGUUCCAAAGUUCCCAAACAACAUCACACGAAAUAAAUAAAUGCUGAACUGAUUCCACCUGUUUUUUACAAAACGGACAUAGAAUUUCAUCCCCUAGCUGCAAACCUCUUUUCACCAACUCCUCUCUCACUGCCACUUUCUGAUGAGCUAGCUGCCACAGGAAGACUUCAACACGAGGAGGAGAUAAACCCUGCCACACCCCUUUUACCCAUAAAUCGGACCCCCCAGACACCUUGCCGAGUUCCUUUCUACAAGAUUUCACUGAAAACAGUCCAUCCCCGCUUGCAGACCAAGAAAGAAAGUCUUCAACUGAAUCAGUCAGUUUAAAAUCCUUCAGUUUUGUCAUUAAAUCCAGCCACUGAUCCAACUCCCAGUCACACAAAUUCCUUCUGGUUUCGAUGUUCCACACCCAACCGUUCAAAUCUGAACUUCCAAACUCAGCGACCAUACCCCAUUUAUUUGUAGACAACACAUACAUUCUAGGGAAAAGAUUUUUUAAAGGAGACUCAUCAGCCCAUGAAUCCGUCCAAAAUGCAAUAGACUUUCCAUUUCCCAGUUUCAACUGGGAGUUUGAUCUGAUAUGUUCACCCUCCGAGUCGCUCUUCAGGAAAUUAUUGGCAAUCCCUCUCUAAAUCCAAGAAGAUUUGGGUGAAAAAACCUUGCUAAUAGACAUGGAAUUACUACUUACCUUGUGCAUGCAACAUAACACACUUUUCCACAAGGUAUUUUUUUUCAUUGGCGAACUUCCACACCCAUUUUCCCAAAAGAGCCCGAUUAGAUAGGUUCACAUCAAGAACACCAAGGCCACCAGAUUUUAGAGGCUUGCAGACUGAUUUCCAAUUAACCCAGUGUAUCUUCCCUUUUUCCUCAUUAUCCCCCCAUAGGAAACUGACCAUUAAUGAAUUGAGCUUCUUACCAAUUUUACAAGGUAUUCUAAAAAGAGAUAAGAAGAAUAUUGGUAGGGAUGUUAACACCGACUUCAAUAAAACUGUCCUGCCAGCCAAUGAGAGACAAUUAGCUUUCCAUCCGGCUAGUUUGGAACUAAAAUUCUUGAAAACUAGAUCCCAUAAGGCUUCUGAGUUUUUCUUAGCACCUAGAGGAAGUCCCAAGUAAUCUGUUGGAAGGGAAUCAAUAGAACAGCCCACCGAAGAUGCCCAUUCUGAUAAAACUUCCUCUUCCACAUUAAUACCAAAUAGCUUACUCUUAGCUAGAUUAAGAUGCAAUCCUGUCAUAACACUAAAAAUCCUCAAUACUCUCUUGACAUUUUUAAUCUGGGAGAGAGAUGCUUGACAUAAGAUGAUCAAGUCAUCGGCAAAUUGUAGAUGUGACAAUCGAACAUAAUUUUCAGAUUCCCCAAUAACAAAGCCUUGAAACAGACCCCUGUCAACUGCUUUAGAUAUCAUCAAAUUAAGCAGCUCACCUACAAUGUUAAACAGUAGCGGAGAUAAACUGCACCCUUGCCUAAGUCCUUUGGCCAUGGGAAACUCUUCCGAUGGAGACCCAUUACGAGAACCGAGAUUGAAGCUGUUGAAAUACACUGAGAUAUCCACGACAACCAUCUCUUACCAAAACCCAUCUCUGACAUUACUCUGAUUAAAAUUAGCCAUUCCACGGAAUCAUAAGCCCUACGAAAAUCUACUUUGAAGACAACCCCUUUUAACCCUUUUUUCCUCCAGUAAUCAAUCCCUUCGUUUGCUAUAAAAGCACAAUCCAGCAACUGUCUCCCCGGUAUAAAAGCAAACUGAGAGUAACUAAUAAUAUCACUAACAAAACAACUCAGUCUCUUCGAUAGAACUUUUGAAAGGAUCUUGUAUAAACUGCCUACAAGGCUGAUUGGUCUAAAUUCCUCUACACUGUCCGGAUUAAGCUUCUUCGGAAUAAGUGUGAUAAAAGCAUGGUUUAUACCGUGCUCCCAUUUCCUUCCAAAAUAGAAAUCUUCAAAAAAUUGCAACACGUGCUCCUUUAAAAUCGGCCAGCAGUUUUUAAAGAAACCCAUGGUGAAACCAUCGGGUCCUGGAGCUUUAGAGCUGUCUGAUGAAACUAUAGCUUGCCAAAUUUCAUGUUCUAAGAAGUGCUCUUCAAGCUUCUUAGACUGAUCCCCUGAUAGCUUAGCAAAAUCUAGUAGUAAAUGAUUUGCUUGUUGAAUCUGGGGGUGCAUGGAGCAAAUUGAAUGUUCAACGUGUCUUGGAUGAAUCAACCACGAAUCAAGUUAAGAUGCGGUCAGAGGAAGCAGAACGCAUGCAUAAAUCACGCAAAGCCAUUAUAUUAGACCAUGGAAACCCAUCUAUGAAGAAUCAAAUCAAGCAAUUAGUUGCUGCUGAAGCUAGUCCAUGGAAGUCUCAUUUUAAAAAGGAGACCGCUUCUAAGAAGGGUAGAGUUGAGACACCUCAAGUUGGAGGCCCUCCAAAAUCUGGCUACAAAUCUGGUUUAAUUUCUGCUGCUACUGCAAAGGGAAGACACUCAUCUUCACCUUUACCAUCUCCACCUGAGCGCUCUGGUUCUGCAGCAUCUCCAAUUGGAAUUGGAAAUGCUUCCAAGACUUGUGCAAGCAGUGAGGAUGUUAUUCCUCCUCGGGUGAAAAGCAAAGAAAAUAUUUCUUCCAGCUAUGAGAAAGAAAUUCUAACCAGGGCUACUAGUGUAGUAUGUGAAAUGCAAGAGCGCAGGGGAGGACCUAAGCCAACCGAAUUGCAGAGUCUUCUGAUCAGUCUACUGAAGGAAAACCCCAAAGGGAUGAGCUCAAAGGCCUUGGAGAAAGCUGUUGGUGAUACAAUUCCAAACUCUGCACGAAAGAUUGAACCCAUUUUAAAAAAAAUUGCAACUUUCCACGCACCAGGAAGAUAUUUCUUGAAACCAGGAGUGGGGUUGGAUAGCUUGAAGAAAUCAUUGUCUGAAAGUGGAAGGUACCUGUAAUUUUCAUUUCCAGUGGGGUUGAUUUGAACAGUUGUAAUUGAAUUGAAUUCUUGUCAUUUGUUUUCAUCUCAAUAUUUCAUGAUUUGAUGUUCUCAUCAUAUGACUCAGUGCAAGAUUCAAUAGGAAAAUUACUUGAACUAAGCUUUGCCCUCUAUAUAGAUAGAUGUAAUCUACUAGGAAUGUAUGACCUUUAAGAGAAAUUAUCAUUUAGGUGACUGGGAGAAUCUCAUGUUUUCAUAAUAUCCAAGAUUAAUCAAUUUAUCUUCUUUUUUGAGGAUUUCAUCAUGCCA